AUGGCAACAACACAUGAUAGUAUUAAGUUGACAGUAUUAAAUGGUCCGAAUGAAGAUGAGCAGUUACUGUUAUUAUCAGCUGAUUCCGAUCGACAACAGCAAGAAAAUGAACAUAUUCUGUUGAGUACAAGAGAGGCUGAAACCCGAGGCAAUUUAGCAGAGAAGUUCGGUAGCAAAUGGAUCUUUGGUGGAUGCAUAUUGAUAGCUGCCAUUUUAACAUUGUUAACACCACUGGCAGCUCGCACUCAUGUUGGACUGCUCGUUGCAGUUCGAGUGUUAAUUGGCUUAUUCCAGGGUCCUGGAUAUCCGUCGGCAGCAGCUCUUUGGGGAAAAUGGAUUCCACCUGCCGAACGAAGUACUGUUCCAGCCGCCGCUCAAUCCGGUACUAAUCUUGGUGUCAUAUUUGCCACGCCACUUGUCAGUAUUAUGAGUGAUUCAACAUUCCUCGGUGGAUGGCCAUCCGCUUUCUAUGUGUUUGGUGCAAUCUCAUGCUUGUGGUUUGUCGGCUGGUGUUAUUUCGGUUUCAGUUCGCCUGAUGAUCACCCACGUAUUACAAACAAAGAACGUAUUUAUUUAACCAAGCAUUCAAUAAUCAAUACUCGCAAGCAAACACUUCAAGCCUGGCGUCUCAUAUUUAAUAUAUCAGCAGGCAUCGGUGCGUUUGGAUGUAUUGCCUAUUGUAUUUUGUUCAACGGUGAAGAACAACCUUGGAAUCAAGCUCAUUUUCAACAUGGUGAUCGUACAUCCUCUUCAUGA